AUGCUUCGAAGUUUCGCUAAGAUUCCAACAGGCAGAGAAAUUGCCAAGGUAAACGUUAAAUUAAUAAAGGAUAAUAACUGGUUUGGCCAAAAUGCUGCUGGAAGAGGCCUUGUUUUAACAACAGGUUCGGGACAUGGCAGUGCAGGUCCAACACCCCCAGAUCAUAUCAUGUUAGCUUACGGAUCAUGCUUUGGUGGAUCUGUCAAGCAUAUUCUCGAAGAUAAUGGUAUCAAAGUUAAGGAUCUUACAGUUGAAAUGGAAGCUGAAUGGGAGCUUGUUCCUCACAGAAGAAUCAAAGAGUUCCGUUCAAAUUGUAUAAUCGAAGCAGAUGGACUUACGCAAGAAAUGGCUGAUGCUGCUCUUAAGCAAGCAUCCGAUGAAGUUUGUAUGGUUGCCAAUACACUCAAGAGGUCUCCAAAGAUCACUGUAAAGUGA